UGUAAUAUUCAACAUCUCUAUAUUCUCUCGUUCUUAAAACAUGCAAACUACCAUUGAAUUCAUUUUAUUUUAUUAUUUUGGGUGUCUAUAUUUCCUCUUUGGUUUAAUGUUAGUUUUACAUCACUUGCAUAGAAGAUGGUCCAGUAUCUACUUUAAAUUUGAUCUAGUUGUAUAAAGUUUGAUUGUUAUACGCAAAAUAUGAGAAUUAAAAAAGCACUUUCCUUAUCUUUCCUUUAUUUUCCAUUUUGAAAUGAAACGCAGGGAUAUGUGAAAUCAAAACUAAUCAGAUUAACUUUUUGGUACAGAAGCAGACUUAGAUUGAAAAGGAAAGUGUAAAAACUAAGGAAAGAAAACAAGGUGGGAGAGCAUCUUGAGUGCAGUGUAUCUUUGUCAAUAACAAACCGUAGGUUAACACCUAGUCCUUCUGACCACAAUCCUGAAAUCAUUAAAUAGGAUGAGCAUUCAUGUUCAGGAUGCAAAGUUCAGAUAAGAUUGUCUAUGAAGAAUGAAAGUUGAAUAUUAUUGUGAAUGAAAACAAAACAGGUAUAAGUUGGGAUGAUAUUUAUAAAAUCUUUGGGCUUCUGCUGUUCGAAGCAUACGGGUUCAUCUCAACGACAGUAUCCAAUAGUGAUAGAGGAGCUAUGUCAACAAUUUUUGUUGGGCGAUCUUAGAAAAUCAACCAACAACUUUGAUGAAAACCGAAUAGUUGGAAGUGGAGACCUUGGUAUUGUAUAUAAGGGUUCUCUCCAACACAAUGGUGAAAGUACAGUUGCAAUCAUGCGAAUAUGUGGGAGCACAGAGAAAGAACUUAAGCAGUUCAAGAACGAAAUUGAGUUACUCUGCCAGCUUCGUCAUCCAAAUUUGGUCACUCUAAUUGGAUUUUAUGAUCACAAAGACGAGAAGAAUAUUGUAUAUGAGUACAUGACCAAUGGAUCUCUCCAUGAUCACCUAUAUUGUAGUGAUGUGAAAAUGGAACCACUAACAUGGAAGCAGAGGCUAAAGAUCUGCAUAGGAGCAGCACGUGGACUACACUAUCUUCACACAGGUGCCAAGCGAACCAUCUUUCAUCGUGACAUAACACCUUAUAAAAUUCUUUUGGAUAGCAACAUGGCGGCCAAACUCUCAGACUUGCGAGUUUCCUUAAAAGGACCACAUUAUGCAUCAAAGCCAACACCAAAGACAAUAUCAAAAGAUGGCUUUAUAGGUACAUAUGGUUAUGGGGCUCCCGAGAUUUCAGAAAACAAUGCAUUAACAGAUAAAUGCGAUGUUUACUCCUUUGGCGUAGUUCUACUAGAAGUGGUAUGCAAAGACAAGCUAAAAGUUGUUGAGAAGAGGCAGAAGCAGCCUGUUGAGGAGAAUAUUGAUCCGAGUCUGAAAGGAAAGAUUGCAGCAGAGUGUUGGGAGGUAUUUAUGGAUAUCACAGAAAGAUGCUUGAAGUUUGAUCCAAAUGAGCGACCAGCAAUGGGUGAAGUUGAAGUUCAGCUUGAGCUUGCACUGUCACUGCAGGAAGAAGCAGAUGUCAUAAAUACUUGUGGUGAAUAUACCCUAUUAUCUAUGACCAUUAUUAAUUAGUCUUCAACCAAAAUAGGAACCAUAUUUAACUGAAAACAAAACUGAUGAAUGAUGGAACUAUCAAGGUUGUGUCAAUGAUAACAGUGCAACUGGUUAUUCAACUACAGUAGAGCAGAUGAAGGGGAAAAGAAUUUGAAGUUUAUAUUUGAUGGAGAGGCAGGAGAGGUUCUGUACUGGCGUUGGAUAACAAUGUGAUGCUUGAACUCUCAUAUUUUUUGGCUUUUCCUUAGGGGUACCGUUUCUAUAGGAAAUUUUUUAAUGUUGUUUGUAUAUGUAGGAAUUUAGAAAAAUUAGAAAGCUAAAACUCAUGUAUUUUUAUUCAUACUUACAACUUUUAAAUACACAAAACAAAAUUGCAAGCUGAUACAAA